ACUCCCUCGGAGAGAGCAGCAGUAUGAUCAUGGCGGAGGCAGCGGCCCAAGAUCUGUUCUCGGAGCAGGAGCUCACCUGCUCCAUCUGCCUGGAUCUGUUCGACGAACCCGUCUCCACCCCCUGUGGACACAACUUCUGCCAGGGGUGUAUCGGAGGUUACUGGGCGUCCAGUCCGGUCUGCACCUGUCCCCUCUGCAAACGCCCGUUUGAUGAGCGCCCUCAGCUCAGCGUCAACAAAGUCUUCGCUCUCAUCGCAGAUAAAUACAAAGAAGCUCGCUAUGGCGCCGCUGGCUUAUCGAUGCCGGUCAAGAACAGGACGCCGGCUGGCGGCGUGGCCACGAUGACAAACACCAACCCGUUCCUGACGGCUCCAGCUGAGGAGGUGGUGUGGUGUGACAUCUGUACAGGAGUCAAACGGCCUGCUGUCAGCUCCUGUGUCACCUGCACCGCCUCGUACUGCAAUGAGCAUGUCAAGCCGCAUCAGACCACGCCCUUCUACGCCAAACACCCACUGUUGGACCCCCAGGAGGCCCUCAGGGGCCGCACCUGCGCGGCGCACCGCCGCCUGCUGGAGGUGUACUGUCGGGAAUGUCAGCGCUGCAUCUGUGCCAUCUGCGUCAUGGAGGAACAUCGGACACACCGGACCGUCUCCGUCCAGACCGAGAGACUCAACAAACAGAAACUGGUAGCGAGGACGGAGCAGGAGAUCCUGAACCGGAUCAAAGAGAAGGAGAUUCAUGUGACUCAGCUGAAGAGGAAACUGGAGGGAGUCAAGAACUACGCAGACAGAGAGCGAGGCGAGGUGGAGCACCUCCUGGACGAGGUGGCCGGCUCGUUGGACAGGAUCCGGACUCAGGUGGUGGGCGGGAUCGAGAGCCAGCUGGACGCUGUGAUGUCAAAGGGGGAGGGGCUGGUAAACCGUCUGGAGGCGGAGCUUAGUCAGCUGAUCGACAGGAGGGCCACGCUGGAGGUCCAGGCCAUCAGUCAGGACCACAUCAGCUUCCUGCAGACUUACGAUGAGGCCACAGCUCCUCUAGUUGAGGAUUGGCAGGAGGAGGACGAGGACGAGGAGCACUUCUCCCUGCACUUCCAGCUGGGGGAGGUGAAGAGCUCUCUGUCCGAGGUGAAAGACAAGAUGGACGACAUCAGGAUGGGGGAGGUCAACUCCACUCCGCAACGCUACGCAAAGUCCAGAGGCUCUGUCCCUGAGCUGAUGUUCGCAGAGAGCAUGCUCAGUCUGAGAGGAAGCAGCAACAACUUGAGCGGAAGCAACGGCAAUUUCAGAGGAAGCAACGCCAGUUUGAAGAAGAAUCUAAAGAAAAUCAAAUCAGUCUCAGGAUACAAAAAGGUCCGAGUCUACAUGGAGGACGUGACCCUGAACCCGGUGACGGCGUACCCCUUCCUGAUCCUGUCUGAGGACAGGAAGCAGGUGAAGAGAGGAGAGAAGCUGCAGUUCUACCGGAACAGUCAGCAUCGCUUUGACGUCUGGUCCUGUGUCAUCGCCAAAGAGGGGUUCAGUACUGGACGCCACUACUGGGAGGUGUUUGUUGGGGAGAACAAGGACUGGAAGCUGGGCGUGGUCAGCGAGUCAGCUCAGAGGAAAGGUCUGUUCGACAUGAGUCCUUCUGUUGGAUACUACGCCAUCUGGUGGAGCGGCAGCCAGCUUAGAGCGCUCACCACGCCACCUCUUGCCAAGGUGAAGCAUCAGCCGAAGCUGCGUCAGGUGGGCGUGUUCCUGGACAUGGACGACGGUCAUGUGUCCUUCUAUAACGCCAAGUCGGGCUCAGAGAUCUACAGCUUCACCGGAUCCUCCGAGUUCACCGAGAGGAUGUUCCCUCUGCUGGGCACCGGAGACAAAGAGGUCCCCCUGGUCCUCAUGACCACACAGAACCACCUGGACUGAGGGACCAGGGACCGGACGGAGGCGCAGCGACGGAACCUGAGAAGAGGCAGCAGAACCGAGCAGGGACUAAUGUGGGUGAGACGUUACUGGCUGUUGGCGGCCAUGUUGGAGACGUCAAACUCAGAAACUUGAUCUCACCACAGACUGAACCGAUUUGGGUUUUUUCAUUUAACAGAAGUGGGAACGUCCGGCAGUGCGUCGCUGCUGCAACGACAACAACACAUCUCCUUAGUUUCUCGUUCUAACAAGAUACUUUUCAUAUUAAAAGAUUUUUUUAUGUUCCACAGAAUACUAACAAAAUACUUUUUUCACGUUCUACCAAGAUCCCACGUUUCACGUUCUACCAAGAUCCCACGUUUCACGUUCUACCAAGAUAUUUUUCAUUUUAUAAGAUCUUUUUCAUGUUCUACAAGAUCCUUUCCAUGUUCUCACACCGUGUUGUAAUCCUAAUGAGAAACGUGUCUUGUUGGAGCCCGGCAGUAAAAACGUGAUGCAUCAGCAGAACAUUACAUCAUGGUUCUGAUGAAAAUGAUGUUUUGAAGCCUGCAGUUUGGUUUUCUGGGUAAUGAAGGCAGGAAAUCCACUAAUAUUUUCUAGAGGGAACAAGUUCACUUAUCUACUGGGAACAGUGUGGAAAAUAUAUAUAUUAGUGACAUUUCUGAACAUAAAUUAUGUACUAAUGAAUAAAUAAAAACUUCAUGUUCAUAUCGACACAAACUUCUCAAUAUGAUCUUAAAUCUUAAAAUGUCUGUUUUUUUAUUUAAUGUCAUCUUUAAUGACUGUGGCAUUGUCACCGCCCCCUCACCUUUCAGCCAAUCGUGAGGCUUUCGUGUCGCCAGUAUGACCUGUUUUAAUGUACAUGAGUAAUGUUUGAUUUGAAUGUUUGAAGCUGUUAAAUAAAGACAAAUUUCACAUA